CGUCUACUGUACACAAAAUGAGCGUAUCCCUGUAGUGAUAACGCUGAUGGGCGAAGAAUCCCCUUUUGCGAGAGCUGCAGUGCAGCGUGCAGCCUUGCAGCAGGCGGUUUCUUGCGGCCCUGGUUUUGGCCUACUGCAACACACCACCCCGGCACAGAACCACCGUGCCACAUCCACUGUACACACCUCCCCCUUCCUCUCCGUGCCUCUCUCCACACCACCACACCCCUCUCCUGUCCCUUCGCACCGCGCAUUCGCCAUUGCCAUUGCCAUUGCCUCCUUCACCAUCGAGCCCCUCAUCGGUCUCUUUGAUUUGGUGUGUUAUUAGCUCUCUGCUCUCUCCAUGGGGGGAAGCAUAAAGCGGCUGCUUAGCAUGUUGUUGAGCGCGGUCAGUGGUGGGCAGAGGGACAAGGGGAAGAGGAUGCAGCGGCGGCGGCAGCAGCAGCAGCAGCUACAGAUCACAGUGGAGCUCAGGGUCAGGAUGGACUGCGAGCGCUGCGAGCGUCAGGUCAGGAGAGCCCUCGCCGGCAUGAGAGGGGUGCAGCAUGUGGAGGUGAGCAGGAGGCAGCAGAAGGUGACCGUCACUGGCAGCGUGGACCCACACGAGGUCCUGCGCAGGGUCCAGUCCACGGGGAAGAAGGCCGAACUAUGGCCCCAGUACCCUACCUACGGCAGCGCCGCCGCCGCCGCCGCCGCCGUGGUCCACUGCGGCCUCGGACCACCGCACGACAGGUGGGCACCCGCUUGCCACCCGAGGAACAUGGACGCCGCCAUGGGCGCCGAGCACAUCGCCAACUUGUUCAGCGAUGACAACCCCAACGCCUGCUCGCUCAUGUGACGCCUACACCACCUACUGUCCGUCAGCAUUGUGCUCCAUCAUACAGUUGGGUUCACUUCACUCUAGUUUGUUACUACUCUUUAUUAGAUAGUAGUAGGAGAUCACCAGGCUGUGCUUAUUUGAGGUCUAGAUUAGCUUCCAGUAGUGUGUGCGGCAGUAAGCUAGCGAUAUGGGCCAAACUUUAAGAGGUUUUAAUUACUACUUGUAUGGUGCUACAGAAUGGGCCAAAGUUUAGAUGAAAACUUCCUCUGAAUUUUAAUCUCAGCCUGAGACAUAGCUUGAAA